UACCAGAGCUAAGAAAGCAGAAAAAAUCGAUCGAUUCGAUCAUUUCAAACGUCGAUCCGUCUUUGAGUGAAAGUUAGGUKAAACAGAUAAUCCAUUCAUCGAAAUUAGCAAGGAAGGCAAGAUGAAUCCGCACCUCGGCUCGGAACCAAGUAAUGGCGGCGAAAAAGAAGAACUCUCCUCUUUCACAAAGAUGUCUUCCUCGGAUCUUCGCACCAAGUCGAAGAAGAGUAAGAAGAGCAAGAGAAAUAAGAAGAGCAAGAAAAAGGAUAGGAUCAGGAGCAAGUCAACUGACGACAUCACUCCCAGGAAAUCUCGCCGGAAAAAGCAAGAACAGACACAGACGCCACGUCAACAACAUUCGCAAGCACGUUCGCGUCGGGCAAACCCGAUGUCCUCAAAGAAGCACCGGGCGGAUCUUCCCACCCUGGAGCGAUGCUUGUACGGAGCAAAACGAAGGAGCCCGUUUAUCCCAGACGAUUGCGAUGCCAGUGGUCGACUCGAUUCCGGCGAUACUGAUUCUCACGACAUAGACAUGGCAAUGUUGCGCAAGAUCUGUAGCCACGGAGGCGGAAUACCCGAAGAAAGUGAAGAAACUUGUGAUGCGAACAAUAGAAGUGACGACGAUCCAAGCAGCAACGCCCCCCAGAAAGGAUUCUGCCAGCGGGGGGUUGUAUGGAGGGUGCUUCUGGAGCAGCUGUCAGAUGGCGACAUCACUAGUUCGUGGCCCUGGGAGGUCCCCCUGCAGCGAAAGCUGUACCGGGAUCUGGUGAACCAGUACCUUGGAGACGCGAACGAUCCUGGAAAGAACCUGAAGGACAUUCGACACUUGGAAAGUGACCGCAGAAGCAGCCGCCACGAUAACAAUAAUAGAGAUAAYAGAGAGGAACAGAGCAAGGUAGAAACUCCACAACUAAUAAGAGAAGAGAUYGAAGAUAACGAUGACGAACCAUCGGAAUGCUCAUCGAUUGGAGACGAGUUUGAUCUGGAUGCGCCUCUCUCUUCUAUGUUUCUUUCUCCGAAGGCUGCUACCGUUUCCAACACCGACGACGAAGGUGAAACUGAAACCAACAAKGCCGUAAAYAGCAGCACGCGCUGGUCUGAAAGCAAGAGUUUGGACUCGGCACAYAUACGGGUGACGGAGGAUAUCUACGACGGGUUUUCGCCGAAUUCAAAGUACCGGGAGAUGUGGAGGCGAUCCGGGAUCACCCUCAACAAGGGGCACUCGGCGGCCGCAAUCGGCAUGAACCAUCUCAAGAUUCCCGAAGAAUUGUAUUGCGACGAUAGCGACGACGAGGGCGAAUUUGCAGAAAACGAAACAUUGAACGACUCAACAACAACAUCAAUCUCAAUCGAUAACAAAAAAGACCGACUUUUUGAAAGGUACUGCAGGGAUGCCAAGCUACUGGAAGAAAUUCGCAAAGACGUUGUAAGGACGCAUCCCCAACUGCGCUUCUUUCAGGAACCUAGACACAACCUUGGAAUCCGGAGGCACGCUGCCAUCGAGCGGGUGCUCUUUGUCUGGGCCAAGCUGAACGGCAAUCUCUAUGUGCAGGGGAUGAACGAAAUCGUCGGGACUAUCUAUUACGUUCUGGCCAGAGAUCGGUGCACAUCGGUUUCGGUCGGGAACAAGCGCCACUGUUGGGCGGACCACGCCGAAGAGGACACGUACCAUUUGUUYCACGGCCUCAUGACCAACAUGGACAUCCGUGAUGUCUUUGUUGCGGACCUCGAUCACGACGGAACAGUCGGGCUACACGCAAGGAUUCAAAAGAUCGAAGACUUGUUGGCACUGCACGACCCGGAGGUCCACCACCACCUCACGAAAUACCUGGGAUUGAGCUCGAGCUUUUAUGCCCUCCGGUGGUUGACCACGCUUCUCUCGCGGGAAUUCCCACUGGCAGACACUAUCCGGCUGUGGGACGGCAUGUUCGCCAGCACCCACAAGGAAAAUUUUCUGCGUUACGUUUGCGCAUCAAUGGUCAUGGCCAUCCGGGACAGGCUCUUCCGAGGGGACUUCGGGACUUGCAUGAAGCUGCUGCAGAACUAUCCUAGUGGGGACAUUAGCAUGGACGAGCUCCUAGAAUCCUCCCGGGCGCUUUGGAUCUACGAGACACARAUCUCGCUGGCCCGCCAAAARGGGGGGGUAUCCCUCCAUCACGCUCUUUCCGUUCUCCCCCCACCUCCCGGAAUCAUAAUGGCCUUUGGGAGGCCGGGGCGUGGCCAGGAGGCGAGUACCGCAAGCUCCGGAAGCAGCUGGUUGCCGAACCAAAACUCGACCACGGAUGCGGUGGGCGAAAUGACCCUGGGUGCCGCGGCGGUCGCCAAUAGGAUGAUGGGCCGGGCCAAGCGCAUGUGGAACUACGGAUGGAACGGCAACACUACCGAGGGCGACAARCAGGACAAAGCCAACCACAAAAACAGCAGCGGCACCGAAAACGAAAAGGGYAAUAGCAAUACGACCAAAACGAGCAGCGGUGCGAGCGAGGAAAACCUAGGUUGGGACCUCAUCGAUAGCAUCAUCGACGGCGAUGGCAAUGUUGAUGGAACUACCUCCGGCACCGGUGCGACCCACCAAGGUGCGGUGGCCCCCGGCAACCGCAACCCAGGUUAUCAGGAACCAUCCUAUUCGCUUUUAGGCUGGCGUGGUAGCAACGAAACCAAUAACGGUGGCAACAACCCUUCCGGGAACAACCAGAAUCGCAACAACAACAAUACCGAUAAUUCCAACAGCAAUGGUCGCUUUUGGAGUCGGAUACGCCGGAAGAGCAUAGCAUAGAAUAGUCCAAUGCAGUUACCUGGCCRUAAAUGGAACGGACACAAAUCUGAUGAGAAUCAUAGGGUAUCCAAUGGCCAACCUGUUUCGCACUUGAUGCACUGGUUGGUCUAUCUAUAUCUCUUUCUAGAACACAAAGAUAUCGAAGGUCGAUUCGAGUCGGUCCGAAUGGAGUUGAAUUGAAUUUGAAUCAACCAUUCGAACUUGC